AUGGUAUCCUCUACUGCCCUUACAUCGAAGGUGGCCUCUGGCACCCCAUACCAGCUGGACAAUUCCCAGGUUGUCAAAGCUUCCUCCGCACUGCUGCGCCAUAUCAAGUCGAACCAGGAGGAGAAGGAAAAGUCGGCGACCAAGAAGACCCUGAUCGGCGACAACGACUCAGACGAUGAGGACACUCCUGUCAACAAUGAGGCAGUAUGGCUCCUCCUUACCACCAAGAAGCACGUCGUGGACAAGAACCGCCUGAAGCCCGGCAAGAUCACUAUCCCGCACUCCCUCAACACGUCGCCCUCGCUCAGCAUCUGUGUCAUCACCGCCGACCCGCAACGCGGUUUCAAGGAUGUCGUCGCGGAUCCAGCUUUCCCCCAAGAACUUUCCUCGCGCAUUGAGAAGGUCAUUGGCUUCACCAAGCUGAAGGCUCGCUACCAGAGUUUCGAGAGCCGGCGCCAAUUGUUCUCCGAGCACGAUGUCUUCCUGGCUGAUGACCGGAUCAUUACCCGCCUGAUCCCAACCCUCGGAAAGAUCUUCUACAAGUCGAGCAAGCGCCCGAUCCCCAUUCGCAUUGCAGAAAUUGAAAAGGUGGAUGGCAAGCGCGUCAAGAAGGACCCCAAGCAGAAGCCCUCCAAGGAUGAGAAGAGCGCAUCCUUCGCGGCGCCUCUCAUCUGUGCCAAGGAGAUCGAGCGCACACUGCACUCCGCUGCCGUCCAGCUUGCGCCCUCUACCUCCUCCGCUAUCCGUGUCGGCUCGUCUAAGUUCACUGCCGAGCAAUUGUCCGAGAACAUCGCGGCCGUCGUCAACGGUAUGGCGGAGAAGUUUGUGAACAAGGGCUGGAGGAACAUCAAGGCGAUCCACGUCAAGGGCGCGAACACUAUGGCUCUCCCGAUUUGGCUGGCCAAUGAGCUGUGGGUGGAAGACGGUGACGUGGUGGAGGAGACUGCAGCUAUCGAGGAUGGCGCCAAGGCCAGCAAGAAGCGCAAGUCUCUUGGUGACGAGAAACUGCUGGAAGGCAAGAAGCCCAAGAAGACCAAGUCUGCCGACGACGAGGACGACGCUGAGUCUGCGACGGCCAGGAAAGAGAAGCUCCAGAAGCAGAAGGCUAAGGCUCUCGAGGACGGCGAGACUGUGCAGACCGAAGCCCCGAAGGCGGGCAAGAAGAAGAGAAAGUCGACCUCAUAA